GGUCCCUGCGUGGGUCUUGGAGUCUGCUGCUGCUGUGCUGCCUUGCGGCCUCGUUACAAGCGCCUGGUGGAUAAUAUAUUCCCCGAGGAUCCCAAAGAUGGCCUCGUCAAAGCAGACAUGGAGAAGCUGACCUUCUACGCUGUCUCUGCCCCAGAGAAGCUGGACCGAAUUGGGGCUUAUCUGGCCGAGAAGCUGAGCCGGGACGUCAUCAGGCACCGCUACGGGUACGUGUUCAUUGCCAUGGAAGCCCUGGACCAGCUCCUAAUGGCCUGCCAUUCUCAAAGCAUCAAGCCAUUUGUUGAGAGUUUUCUGCACAUGGUAGCCAAGCUGCUGGAGUCUGGAGAGCCUAGACUGCAAGUCUUGGGGACCAAUUCGUUUGUCAAAUUUGCAAACAUCGAGGAAGACACCCCUUCCUACCACCGCCGCUACGACUUCUUUGUGUCCCGCUUCAGUGCCAUGUGCCACUCCUGCCACGAUGACCAAGAAAUACAGAACGAGAUCCGGAUCGCUGGAAUCCGGGGCAUCCAGGGGGUGGUUCGCAAAACUGUGAACGACGAGCUCAGAGCUACCAUCUGGGAGCCUCAGCACAUGGACAAGAUUGUCCCCUCGCUGCUGUAUAACAUGCAGAAGACCGAAGAUGCCGACAGCCGGAUCGGGCCGCCCUCCUCUCCAACAGGGGGCGAUAAAGAGGAGAACCCGGCCGUGCUGGCGGAGAACUGCUUCAGGGAACUGUUGGCCCGGGCGACCUAUGGGAACAUGAAUAAUGCUGUCAAGCCGGUCUUUGCGCAUUUAGAUCAUCACAAGCUGUGGGACCCCAAUGAAUUUGCUGUCCAUUGCUUCAAAAUAAUUAUGUACUCCAUACAGGCACAGUAUUCUCAUCACGUGAUCCAAGAGAUCCUGGGGCACCUCGAUUUCCGCAAGCGAGACUCCCCCCGUGUCCGAGCCGGCAUCAUCCAGGUACUUCUGGAGGCGAUCGCCAUCGCUGCUAAAGGAUCCAUCGGCCCGACCGUCCUGGAGGUCUUCAACACUCUACUGAAACACUUGAGCCUGAGCGUGGAUUUUGAACUGGGCACCAAGUCUGGUUCAACUGGCAACAUCGACACCCGCUCCAAGGAGUGUGAGGAAAAGAUAGUCCAGAAUGCCAUCAUUCAGACCAUUGGAUUCUUUGGAAGUAACCUGCCUGAUUACCAGCGGUCGGAGAUCAUGAUGUUUAUAAUGGGGAAGGUCCCUGUGUUUGGGAUGACGGCUCAUAGCUCAGAGAACGGCCAACUUGGGGACUUGGGAACCAGGAGGAUCCAGAUCAUGUUGCUGCGCUCUUUGCUGAUGGUCACCUCUGGCUACAACGCCAAGAGCAUCGCCACGGUCCUUUCAGCCCCCUUCCUCGAUCCUCUGCUGUCCUCUUCGCUCAUGGAAGAUUGCGAGCUGCGGCAGCUGGUCCUGGAAGUGCUGCACAACCUUAUCGAUCGGCACGACAACCGAGCAAAGCUUAGAGGCAUCAGAAUAAUACCAGACGUUUCGGAUCUGAAGAUAAAGCGAGAUAAAAUUUCACGGCAAGACGUGAGCUUCAUGAAGAAGCACUGCCAGCAGCUGUACAGACACAUCUACUUGGGCUGCAAAGAAGACGACAGUGUGCACAAGAACUUUGAGCUGCUCUACACGACUCUUGCUCUGAUCACCAUCGAGCUGGCCAACGAGGAGGUGGUGACGGAUCUCAUCCGCCUGGCCAUUGCCUUACAGGAUGUAGCCAUUCUCAAUGAGGACAACUUGUCCAUGUUCAGCCGUUGUGGCAUCAUGGCGCUGGUCGCUGCGUACCUCAACUUCCUGAGCCAGAUGAUCGCUGUGCCCGCUUUCUGCCAACACGUCAGCAAGGUCAUCGAAACCAGAACGGUGGAAAGUCCGUACUUCUUGCCAGAAACCAUAUUCCGGGACAAGUGCAGCCUUCCGAAAACCUUUGACAGGGACGACAAGAGCCUGUUCUUCCUGAUGAACAAGAUCGCCGAGUCCUUGGGCGGCAGCGGCUACAGUGCGGAGAGGCUGUCUGUGCCGUACGUCCCUCAGGUGACGGAUGAAGACAGGCUGUCACGGAGGAAGAGCGUUGUGGACACCGUCUCCAUCCAGGUGGACAUUCUGGCGGGCAAUGGAACGGAGGACAAGGUCAACAACACAGAGGAAAUCACCUUUGAAGCACUGAAGAAGGCAAUAGACAACACUGGUCUCGAAGAGCAAGAGAAGGAGAAGAGGCGCCUUGUGAUUGAAAAGUUCCAGAAAGCUCCCUUUGAGGAAAUCGCGGCCCAGUGUGAAAGCAAGGCUACUCUUCUUCAUGACCGGCUGGCCCAGAUACUGGAGCUCACAAUUCGCCCCCCUCCCAGCCCCUCCGGGACGCUCACUAUCACCGCCGGACACACCCACUACCAAUCUGUUCCCGUCUAUGAGAUGAAGUUUCCGGAUCUUUGUGUGUAUUAAGCGUUUUCUCGCCUCUUCCGGGCCUCCUUUGGCAUUACUGUGCAAAGCCCGAAAGGGGCGUCGGUCUCUCUCACAGUCCCUUUGCUUAAAUUUGAAUAGAGCUGUUGGGAAUAGCCUUGGAUGUAGCGCAGCAGGGCUGGGAUCGUGCCCGAACGGUAGAGGUUUCCGGCCCGACUCUUGAGAUUUAUCAUCCGUUGAUUUGGCAACUACUUUUCUUUUCUCCCUGUUUUGCCAAAAUGCUUUCUUUUAGAGGUAGGAGAGUUUUUAGAUCAGAAGCCAGGGCCCCCAGGGGGUUUGCUCCGCUGAAAUGCUGCAGUGUUAGGGAGCCAAUGGUUAGCUGGCUGGCUUUCCCCUCCACUGGUUUGCGGCCUUAAGCUGUGCUGGGUGCGAAUCUGGCUACCACUGACCCCAAGAUACUAAAAGUCAAAGCAAGGAGCCAAGAGUUUGGCCUGAACUUGCUCUUUAGACGCUCCUUGCAUCUCCUGCUUUGGCUAAGAAAUGCCUGUCGUGAAGCACCAAACUUGGCAAUCUUUUUGAAUGUCUGGAAGCAUCUGGUUCACCCCGCCCCCCUCCCCCCCAUGCUUUUUGGAAGAGAAAUUGUAUUUUUGCUGCGCUUUUAGGAGAUGGAAAUCCAUAGAUAUAUAUUUAGUAUAGCGAGAGAGAAUUGCGUUUUGAAACUGAAAAUAGUUUUGUAUUAAUCCUCCGUGCGAGUGGACGAGAGAAGCCGGUUAUUCUACAACAAGAGUCCUCUGUAGUACAGUGGCAUAUAAUUUCUAUCGCUUGUGCUUCCUCUCUCCCUCCCCCUCCUGACAAGGGGUUGCAUUUUUUAAAAAAAAUGCAUUUGCUUCCAUCUGCUUUAAUUUCGUUGCCGCAUUUUUCCUCUGUGGCAAAAUGGACCCCGCCCCUCCACAGCAGAUCUUUUUCAAGGAAUUACCUGCAGAAAGAAAAAAAGCAGCCUUCUGUUUCGUUUACGGUCGUGCAAGACUCCAGUUCUUGGCCGUGUUGGUUUGCCUCUCACCCAAGGAUGACAUUUUGUCAGGGAAGUUGGAGAAACAUGGCAACAGCCGGCGGGCUAAAGCUGUAGAGUCCAGACUGCCCUUAGUUUUCCCUUCUGCAGAGGGAACCCUCCUUUCCCCGAAGUCCCCCCUCCCUGCCCUGCUGGCUGCCUUUCUUCAGGGUGGAGUAGGAAGAGGCAGGAAAACCCCCGUGAAUGCAUGGGCCUCUUCUCACACCGCUCCGGAGCCUCCCCAGCAUCUUCACUGGCGGGACAGGGAGGAUCCGCUUGCUUUCUGGGCGCUUGUUCAGUUUUGCAAAUGUAUUUCUGUCCUCUCUCCAAGUCAGAGUUUGACCGCUAAAGGGGUUGGAAUGGGCAAGGGAGAGAGAUGGGCUGACCUUAUCGCUAUACGAAACUCUUGAAAGUGGCUGUGUUUGGAAAAGAAAGACGGGCCCGAGAGAGGCCUCGGCCUUCUGCCAAGGCCCUUGAGUUUUGUCCUCUGUGAAACAAGCCACCCUCUGCUGCUCUCUGGUGGAGUGCUUUCCACGCUCAGGCCGGUAACCCAGCCUUCUUUUCAGUUUGACAGCGCAAUCACAGCGGCUCCCAGUGGAUGACGAAACAGCCUCUUUCGCACCGUGUCCUUCCCUGUGAUUGCUGCUGCUCCGCAAUCCCACCCUGCUCAGAUUGGAGGCAGCGCCUCUCCCCCCCUCCCUCCUGCACCCUUUCGGGCUUCUGCUUUUUGGUUUGGGGCAGGUAAGAUGUCUUCGCAGCUGACCGAUCUGUCAUCCCAAGUGGCUUUUUCUUUAAAAGACCAAAGUGAACCUGAGCUUGCUGUACAUACCAAGGCAGCCGUCCCACGUUGCUUUUUUGUUCUUUUGAAGUCUGACUGCUUUUGUACAAAGACCUGAAGCAAAAAAACAAAACAAAACCAGAAAGCACUUUGCUUUGCCCUUGUGCUACCCGUGGACAGUGCCGUUGUUGCAAACACCCAGUCGUCUCCCUCGCUCAGCUGUGCAUGCAAGAGAUGCUUCCCAUCAACCUCCCGUUCGCUUUGGAGCCUCCUGUGUUGUUACCAGUAGUGACAUUCCUCUUAGUCAUUGUAUAAAUUGGGUAGGGGGUGCUAUACGGGGGAGGGGGGGGCUGGGCCAGCUGGAAACACCAUAGGGCUGCCACGCAGGGUUCAAAAGACUCCGUUGUGCAUCGUGUGGUCAUGGGAAAGGGGUAAGCAGAAGCAGGCUUGGCGGUGAAGACAACCAUGUUGCCGACUUCAAAAUGGGUGUCUGGAAUGAGACUGUGACAGUGUGCUUGUGUGGACGUGUGUUGGAGUCAAGGGGCAUACGGUUGGCCUGUUGCCUGUGCCGGCAGUCGUGAUGCCGUUUUGAAUGUUUUGUCCCUCGCUGGUCCUUGUUUGUAUUCCAGCCCGGUCGUUGGGCAUUUCAACUGCAGUUGGGCCGAUCGGUUUGAAAGAAUGUAUAACUUUUCGAAAGCAGCUGUAUUUUAAAGCCUAACGUGGAGGAAAGUCAGAAAACGACUUAAGAUGUCUAUUUUACUGAUGCUUAGAUAUCUAUAUUCUGCACUCUCUGUAAUGAGCCAUUUGACUACAUGUAAAAACACUGUGCAAUCCACGUGUAAGCAAUAAAAUAAACCAAACAGUGUA